GUGUGUGUGUUUAUUAGUAAACCUUGCAGAUCGCUUGUGCUUGGUGUUAAUCAUGUCCUCAACUUCAUCAUAUCUCGUGCACAUAAUCAAAACACUUUUCUCUGCAGGACUCCGGGGACCACAGGAGGAGGCAGCAGAGCCCAACUGGACUAGCCGAGCAGCGCAUCAUCCUCUGCGGGUGGAGGACUGGCUGUCGAGUCGCAUGGAGAAGAGGUAUGAAGAGCUGGUGCACUACUCAGGGUCGGAGGCCAUGUCAGUGGGGGGGUACGGCGAGGACGUCAGGACGCUUCCUCCCCCACAGUACGGAGCCCCCAUCCCUGACUCGCUCAAACACCACAAAGACCUGAUCUAUGGACACCCACUGUUUCCACUGCUGGCCUUAGUGUUUGAGAAGUGCGAGCUGGCCACCUGCUCCCCUCGAGACCCUGCCUCCUUCUCCGCCACCUCCCACCUCACGGGCAUGACCAACCACAGCGACGUCUGCUCCUCGGAUUCCUUCAACGAUGACAUCGCUGCCUUCGCUAAACAGAUUCGUUCAGAGAAACCCAUAUUUUCGUCCAAUCCUGAGCUGGACAACUUGAUGAUCCAGGCCAUACAGGUUCUUCGCUUUCACCUACUGGAGCUGGAGAAGGUGCACGACCUGUGUGACAACUUCUGCCAUCGCUACAUCACCUGUUUGAAGGGCAAAAUGCCCACGGACCUGGUCAUGGAUGAUCGGGAGGGCGGUUCCAAGUCGGACAUGGAGGACUUCAAUGGAUCCUGCACCAGUCUGUCAGAGCAGAAUGCAUCAUGGCUCCGGGAGCCAGAUGAAUGUGCCUCUACUCCUCUGGGAACACCAGGAACCUGUGGCCUGCCCUCACACAGCACAGCAGACAACUGUAGCGACCCAGGCGAUGGUCUGGAUGGAGGAGUGGGCUCCCCCAGCACAGGAGAGGAGGAUGAGUCGGACAGAGACCGGAGGAACAACAAGAAGAGAGGGAUCUUCCCCAAAGUGGCCACAAACAUCAUGAGAGCAUGGCUCUUCCAGCACCUGUCGCACCCAUACCCAUCUGAGGAGCAGAAGAAGCAGCUGUCACUUGACACGGGACUCACCAUCCUACAGGUCAACAACUGGUUCAUCAACGCCAGGAGGAGAAUAGUUCAGCCGAUGAUUGACCAGACAAAUCGCUCAGGUCAGGGUGGUCCCUACAGCCCAGAGGGAGCGGCCCUCGGGGGCUACGGGCUUGACGGACAGGCCCACCUCGGUCUACGAGCAGCAGGUCUCCAGGGGAUGUCCUCUCUGCAUGGCGACUACUCCAGCGCUCUCCUGGCCCAGCAAGGCUACCCUCCCCACCCAGGACCUUCCCUCCACCCUUACCCGGGCCCACACCCCCACCCCGCCAUGCUGCUCCACCCGCCACCACACGCACACCCUGCAGAGCCACUCCUCACGCAGGGACUGGACAUACACGCACACUAGCUGUAGGCGGAGUCGGGGGUGUGCGUGUGAAGGAAAAUUACUGUAUGAAUGUGAGUGUGAGUGAGUGUGUUUGGCUAGAUAUGUAAGUGUGUUUGUGUGUGUGUGUGUCUGUGUGUGUGUGUGUGUGGGUGUGUGUGUGUGCGUGUGCGUGUGCGUGUGCGUGUGCGUGUGCGUGUGACUGUGUAAUGACGCACACAGUACACUAUUUAAAGAAAAAAAGACACAUUGCUCUGAAAGUUUACAUUCCCCACUGAAAGACACUGACCUCAAUGUAGCUGUUCCACUUGCUUACACACAAACACACAGACAGACACACACCCAGACACACACACACACACACACACACACACACACACACACACACACACACACACACACACACACACACACACAUACACACCGUCUGGUUUAAGCCAUACCUCUUUCAGAGUAGAAGUGCUUCCUCCUCUCCAAAUGUUGCCACUGUGUCCUGUGGGUGAGACAAAUGCUUUAAACUACACUUCCCAUCAGCCCCAUCAUGCCUGCUGAAACCACAGGAAUAUGCUCAACUGGAUCAGAGACACAGAUGAUUAUUGAUCCUCAGACUUUUGUACCACAGCACACUGACGUUACUGGAUGGGACUUGAUCCUGUGAACACGCCUUUUUCACAACCCCCUGUCUUCCUGUGCACGCUGACUGUCAAAGAUACACACACACACAACUUCACACACACUUUAUUUAAAGCUGAUUUGAGUUGUUUUUUUCUUAUUCUAUUUUUCUAUUUAAGUGUGCCACUCCAGGCGGUUGUAGACUCACAUGAGCUUGUUGAAAUGUUAGUGCUCUUCCUCAGCAUGAAGCUAAACACUAUGAAUGACUUCCAGUCUGCCUCGCUCUCGUACCACUGAGCUCCUUAAAAUGCCAACAGGGGUCCGAUACCUUAGGAUCUUUCCUACACACUCACAUACACAACAUACACACAUACACACAGCAAGACACGCUACACUGAAAGCCAUUUCUACACACAGACAUACAAACACACACAAACUUCUGUAAGCAUUUCUAGUACAGGUUUGUUUGUCGCAGCCAGCGUUGUGUGAGGGGAGCUGCGGCCAAAGGACUCUUCAAACAUUGAGCUCCCUCUCCGCACUGCUUGGAGCGCUGCAACAUUUCUGAAUGAUGAUGG